AUGCCCUCUACUACCCAUCAGUGUACAGGCUGUCAGUGUAAUGGAGGAAAUUGUACCUUCAAUGUGACGACUGGAAAGUGUCAGUGCCAGUGCCAAGAUUAUGUCUUUGGGCAUCAAUGUUCACUUGGACAAAACGAGACAACAGUAAACAUUGAUACUGGAUCAAUUCCAACUCGAAAAGCAAGUUUUUCUUUGAAAAUCGAUACUGACUACCUGGCUGAAUUUGAGGAUUUAGAGUCAUCUCAAUCACAAGACUUGAUCAAGAAAUUGGAAAAACAGCUGGAAGUCCUGUGCAAACAAGCAGAACCACAAGCCUAUAAAACUGUAAAAGUCACAAAGUUAUCGAGCGGAAGUGUUGUGGCUGACAGUGAGGUAGAAUACACCUAUCCCAAUGAUGAAAAUAAAAUUCAGUUCCUAAACACUCAGCUUGAAGAGGUGCUGACUGAAAUCUUGACUAACACAAGCAACAUAAACAUGAUUUCUGAGGCCUUUGGUUAUAAAACUGUGGAGUUAAAAAACGUCAGUGUUCCGAAACCUCAAAUUGAGAAUAUUACAGGCCUGGAACCAUACCUGAACUGCUCUGGGUUUGCAAACUACACCGCUGAAAUAGCCAAUGGUCAGUGGCAGUGUGUAGGACCUUGCAAAACAAACCCUGACUACUGCUAUCAAAAAGGAGAAUGCCAAAAUGACAUUUACAAAGGACCAGUCUGCAGGUGA